AUGCUCAUCUCCACUCGGCCCGCCAACGUAUGCAUCCGUUGUGCCUACCGAACGCGCCUUCUCGCCCUUCAACAACGACGCCUUCGAUCAACACACCCCGAUAGAGACGAGAACAGCAAUGGACCAAUCCUACGCUACCUCGACAAGGACGACGGCGGCCAUGAGUUGCGCAGCGGGCCUCCCCGGGGUCAGUUCCUUCCAACAGACGGGCUGAUCCGCAAACACUCUGGACGCCCGACUCGCAAAUACUCUGGACGCGGCGAGGUCGGCAGAGAUGACAGACGAGGAGGCAUGGGGUGGGGCGGCAGAGAGGGGGAGAACUUUCGCGAGGUGUUGAUGGCGAGAUUGAAUGUCAUCAAGGAUGAGGUCAAAGAUGCGCCUGUACUGCAACAGCUCGCGAAGGACAGCAAGGAAGAAGGCAAUAAGCAGGAGGGGUUCGGACGCAUAUGGAGUGGCUUUACAACUAACCUCUUGAAUCACGAGCCGAGACACAGACCCUUCCUAGGCAAACCGGACGGAAAGGAUAAUGUAUGGGAAGAUCUUCGGAAUGCGUAUUCAACACGGAGCCAGCGUGGACUGGACGAUCGCAUCAAAUAUGCCUUCUAUGGCCAUGUCACCGGGAGCAGAUUCACCGAGAGCGAUAUCAGGAACCAGAAAACGCUGGCCGAUCUGCGGUACCCCACCGAAUGGUAUCCCGCGACAAGGUUGCUCCAUCGAACCGUUCACCUGCAUGUGGGACCUACGAAUUCUGGCAAGACCUACCAGGCACUACAACGGUUGGAGGCCGCAAAGAGUGGUGUCUAUGCUGGUCCGCUGAGACUCCUCGCUCAUGAAGUCUACUCACGCAUGGUCGCGAAGGGAAAGCCGUGUUCUCUCGUGACUGGUGAGGAAAGAAGAGCCGUGGACGUGGGCUUGAAAGAAGAUGAUGACCACACUCUGAGUGCCUGUACGGUGGAGAUGGUCCCUCUGAACAAGACCAUAGAUGUGGCCGUCAUCGAUGAAAUUCAAAUGAUUGGCAACCCGGAACGUGGAUGGGCGUGGACGCAAGCAUUGCUCGGAGUCAAGGCAAAGGAAGUCCAUCUCUGUGGUGAAGCGCGAACAGUCCCAUUGAUCAAAGAGCUGUGUGCCAGCGUGGGAGACAAGCUCGAAAUCCAUCGCUACGAGCGCCUGAGUCCGCUUCAGAUGGCCGAGACAUCGCUGGACGGAGAUAUGAGGAAGCUGCGAAAGGGCGACUGCAUCGUAUCGUUCUCGGUCAUGGGCAUUCACGCUCUGCGUAAGCAGAUUGAACAAAGCACGGGUCGCAAAGUUGCCACUGUGUACGGCAGCCUACCUCCCGAAACAAGAGCGGCGCAGGCAAGACUGUUCAAUGAUCCCUACAACGACUACGACUUCCUCGUGGCUAGCGAUGCUGUCGGCAUGGGCCUGAACCUCGCGAUCAAACGUAUCAUAUUCGAGACAUCGUCGAAAUUCGACGGCACCCAGCGUCGCACACUUGCCAUCGCCGACAUCAAGCAGAUCGCAGGCCGCGCCGGGCGGUUCAGAACGGCAGCACAAGCGUCUGAUACUCCCGCGAGUGAGCAGGAUCUCGCUGCCGCCAAGGGAGAGAUCGCCGCGGGAGCGACGUUUGGCAAGAAAUACUCCGAUCAAGACGCUCCGGACAACGUAGGUCUCGUCACGACCAUGGAGCGUUUCGACUACCCAAUUGUCAGCGCUGCUAUGCAGUCAGAGCCAGAACCGAUCAUGUCAGCGGGCUUGUUUCCGCCUGCAUCGGUGCUUGAACGGUUCGCAUCAUACUUCCCGCCCGGCACGCCCUUCAGCUACAUCUUGACACGACUCCAUGAGCUAUCUCAAAUGCACAAGCGCUUUCAUCUCUGCGGUCUGAGAGACCAAAUUUGGCUUGCAGAUCUAAUCGAGCCGGUCAAAGGCCUGACUGUCACGGAUCGGAACGUUAUCUGCUCGUCGCCCGCGGGAAAGGCAGAUGAGGAAAUGUGGAGGCAUCUCAUACCAGCACUGGCCCGCUGCAUCGCUCUGCAGAGUGGCGGGGAUCUGUACGAUAUCAAGGAAAUGCCUCUUGAGUUCCUGGAACUUGAAGUCUCUGCUUCAAGAGACUACUUGCGUGGUCUUGAACGGCUGCAUAAAGGAGUCGUCAACUACCUCUGGCUGAGCUACAGAAUGCCUGGUAUCUUCAACACUCGAAAACUAGCAUUUCAUGUCAAGGGACUUGUUGAGGAGAAGAUUGAGGAUGUACUCAGCAAGUUCAGCUUCAGUGAGACUUCUCGACGCAAGAUGGCCGCAAAGCGCGAGAAGGAAAUCCUGGAGAGCAUGAUAGUUGGUGGUGCAGAAGGUGCAGAAGGUGACGUCCCCAGUGCACAUCCGAGUGAGCGCUACGUUGGUGCGCAGGCUGAGACGGAGACGCAAGAUCAGCCUGUCCUGGAUAUUGAAGAUGAAGAGAACAAAGCCGAACAAAAGUUGGCCGAGCUGGCUCAAAAUGACCCUGACACGAGCAAAGUCGAGCAGACCCAAGAACUUGCGCCAGCGCCAGAGGAAGAUGCAACUUCUGGCAUUGCACCCGACCUCGAAGGCCAGAAGAUCUUGACAUCUGGCGGCGAUCAUUUCAGUGGCGAGGAAGAGCUUCCGUUUGUGGAGCCGGAUCUUCCAGUAUCGCCUGAGGUGGACAUCAAGCAGUCAGCUCCGAACGUCGAAGAUAGAGGCAGCGGAGACAUCCAGGAUGAUAACAAGGUCAUCGAGGAGCUGACUGGACAUGAAGAAGAUGUGCCCCAGAAAUCCAACGAAGCUGCUGCUGGGAGUGGAUGA